CUCGCAAAAUGCUCACAUGUAGUGAGGGACAGACUUCUGUAUCCUGUGGGCAUCUAAAUUUUUAAUGAAUUAAACUUUUGUAUUUACACUAAAUAUAUUAGCCACGGUAUUGCGAUAGUCUACCACAUUCAUUGGGCUAUAUUUCUCUAAAAACAAAAACAACCCAAAGAACGACUUUAUUUGCAGUUUCAGAAUUUCAAAAAUUACAUGGGGAGUAGUUUGUUUUCAAGUGUCAAUCUUUAUAGGUGGGCGUAUAAUCAGUGAAGGGUAGCCUACUCGUUUUUUGUUACCUGUCAAUAUUAAACUAUCCUACUUUUGUUCUGAAAUACACACCACCAAGACUGUUUGCCAAGAAUGCUGGAACUGGCGUGGACUAGGUGCUGGUGUUUUUUUAUUCUGCUGGGCGCGGUGAUAAGGAUGGAAGAAGUAGGGGCUAAGGUAAACGCAAUCAAAUCGGUUUUACUGGAGGAACCACCGACACAAUCGACCAACCACUCCGCGAAUCAUCAGACUGGAACCGUCAAAAAGGGCAACCCUAUACAGGUGUAUCACUGCAGCGCCGAUAAGGAGUGCACCGUGGGAAGCUACUGCCACGCCCCCCACCAUGGCCCCUCCCGCUGCCUCAACUGCCGGAGGAGGAAGAGGCGUUGCCAUAGAGACAGCAUGUGUUGCCCCGGCAACCGCUGCAGCAGCUAUAUCUGUGUUCCAAUCUCAGAAAGUGUUCUGCCACCCCAAAUCCCAGCUUUAGAGGAGCACAACAAGCUGCCUGUCAAGAGGAAUGGCUGGAAAAAGAAUGGAAAAGCACAUUCAAAGCUGCCUCUGUCCAAAGGUCACGAGGGCGCCCCCUGCCUGCGGUCCUCGGACUGCGCGGACGGAAACUGCUGCGCCCGGCACUUCUGGACGAAGAUCUGCAAGCCGGUGCUGCGGCAGGGGGAGGUGUGCACGCGGCAGCGCAGGAAGGGCUCGCACGGCCUGGAGAUCUUCCAGCGCUGCGACUGCGCCAAGGGCCUGGCCUGCAAGGCCUGGAGGGACGCCUCCGCCGCCACCAAGUCCAGACUGCACAUGUGCCAGCGGGUGUGAGGGGGCGGAGCCACACGCAUACGCACCCCCCCCCCC